CCAAUAAUUCAUUGAGAUCUUAAAGUCAAACAACACUGCUGUAAGCAUAUCCACCACUCGACUCACUCUUCUUCUUCCCCAAGCUCACCUGCGUUCACCAAUGGCGGUUGCGUUGGCAGUAACAGGUGGAGGCGGCCAAUACAAUGGUAGGAUGACUUGGUUCGUUGUUCUGUCGUGUAUGAUGGCUGCCAUGGGAGGUGUCAUCUUCGGCUAUGAUAUUGGAAUUUCAGGUGGAGUGACAUCUAUGGAGCCUUUUCUCAAGAAUUUUUUUGCGGAAGUAUACAGGAAGAUGAAGGAAGAUACUAAAAUCAGCAACUACUGCAAAUUCGAUAGCCAACUGUUAACAUCAUUUACAUCUUCAUUAUACAUAGCUGGCCUUAUUGCCACUCUCUUCGCCUCGUCGGUUACGAAGGCUUUCGGUCGGAAGACAUCGAUCCUGGCCGGAGGUGCUGCAUUCCUUGCUGGUUCAGCCCUUGGUGGUGCGGCUUUCAAUGUCUACAUGCUUAUAUUUGGUCGUAUCUUGCUCGGAAUUGGAGUCGGAUUUGCCAACCAGGCAGUCCCUUUGUAUCUCUCAGAAAUGGCACCACCUAGAUACAGGGGAGCAAUCAACAAUGGCUUCCAGUUCAGUAUUGGCAUAGGAGCACUGGUGGCUAACCUUAUUAAUUUCGGUACCGAAAAAAUCAAAGGCGGUUGGGGCUGGCGGAUUUCCUUGGCCAUGGCAGGAGUUCCUGCUUCAAUCCUGACACUAGGUGCGCUUUUCCUCCCGGAAACACCCAGUGGCCUAAUCAGCAGUGAUCACGACAAGGCUAAACGAUUGCUGCAACGUAUACGAGGCACGUCCAAUGUUGAAGCGGAGCUUGAUGAUCUCAUCAAAGCCAGCUCAAUCUCCAAAACCAUCAAACAUCCAUUCAAGAGAAUCAUACAAAGAAAGUAUAGGCCUCAACUAGUAAUGGCAAUAGCCAUACCAUUUUUCCAACAAGUGACUGGCAUCAAUGUCAUUGCAUUCUACGCCACACUUCUAUUCAGGACGAUCGGAAUCGGUGAAAGCGCUUCCCUCCUCUCCUCUGUGGUAACCGGCGUUAUCGGAGUGGAUUUCAUAUCAAUGCUGAUUGUCGAUAAAUUCGGGCGAAGAGCCUUAUUCAUGGUUGGGGGAGUCCAAAUGUUCAUCUCACAGAUGCUUAUAGGAGGAAUCAUGGCAACCCAGCUAGGGGAUCAUGGGACAGUAAGCCAAAUGUAUGCAUAUUUAAUCAUAUUCUUGAUCUGCAUAUAUGUGGCUGGUUUUGGAUGGUCAUGGGGACCAUUGGGAUGGUUGGUUCCGAGUGAGAUAUAUCAGCUCGAGAUUCGAUCGGCCGGACAAAGUAUUACGGUGGCGGUCAGCUUUAUAUUCACUUUCAUUGUUGCACAAACAUUUCUAAGCAUGCUUUGCCAUUUAAAGGCAGGGAUUUUCUUCUUCUUUGGGGGAUGGGUGAUAGUGAUGACUGCAUUUGUGUACUUUUUGUUGCCGGAGACUAAGAAUGUUCCCAUUGAACAAAUGGAGAAAGUGUGGAAAGAGCAUUGGUUUUGGACAAGGAUUGUUGGGGAAGAUGAUGACAAGAUUAAGGUUCAAGGUGCUUAAGGUUGGAAUUUAACAUAGAUUGUU